GUCACACCACACACCACCACCACGCACAAAGCUUCCUAGCUUCAUCUCGAGGGCGGCCAUGGAGACGAUGGCGGCGAACGGCGGUGGGAAGGGCCGGGCGGCGGCGAGAUACGGGGACAGGGAGCAGCAGGGCGCGCGCCGCUUCCAGAUGCCGCUGCACUACCCGAGGUACACCAGGGCCAACUACGAGGCCAUGCCCGAGUGGCAGCUCGACCGCCUCCUCUCCGACUACGGCCUCCCCGUCCACGGCAGCGUCCACCAGAAGCGCAGCUUCGCCAUGGGCGCCUUCCUCUGGGGCGCCGGCAACUGAUCUGCCGACCGGCCGUACGUCUAAUCUUCUCCCUGGACCAUGGAGCAGACGAGCAGUGCUCAUGAAUCAUUCAUGAGGCAUGACUCAUCUACGAUGGACCUGAGAGAUAGUAUUAUCCGUAUACGCAUAGGUCGAAUAGCUAGCUAGCUACCAAGUGCUUGCUAUGACAUGGCAUAUAUUCUCUCCGUUCCCAAAUACUUGUCUUUUUAGGCAUUUCAAAUGAACUCAACAUACGGAUGUAUGUAGACAUAUUUUAAAGUGUAGAUUCACUCAUUUUACGCCGUAUGUAGUCACUUGUUGAAAUCUCUAGAAAGACAAGUAUUUAGGAACGGAGGGAGUAUAUGAGUAUAAUAUUGCUCUGUGUAUAGCUAGUUGUGUUUUAAAGCGCCGUAUAACAUUUGUGUGACCUAUC